GCUGAGAGUGAAGUAGCUUCCCUGAACAGACGCAUCCAGCUGGUUGAGGAAGAGUUGGAUCGGGCUCAGGAGCGCUUGGCUACUGCCCUGCAGAAGCUGGAAGAGGCUGAGAAGGCUGCAGAUGAGAGUGAAAGAGGAAUGAAGGUCAUUGAAAAUAGAGCCCAGAAGGAUGAAGAGAAGAUGGAAAUCCAAGAGAUCCAGCUUAAAGAAGCUAAGCACAUUGCUGAAGAGGCCGACCGCAAGUAUGAAGAGGUGGCUCGUAAGCUUGUGAUCAUUGAGGGUGACCUGGAGCGGGCUGAGGAACGUGCUGAACUAUCGGAAAGCAAAUGUGCUGAGCUUGAAGAGGAGUUGAAAACUGUGACCAACAACCUGAAGUCGCUGGAGGCUCAGGCUGAGAAGUACUCACAGAAAGAAGACAAAUAUGAAGAGGAGAUUAAAGUUCUAACUGACAAACUGAAGGAGGCUGAGACCCGUGCUGAAUUUGCUGAGAGGUCAGUAACCAAGCUGGAGAAGAGCAUUGAUGAUCUAGAAGAUAAUUUUCUUUGCUUCACUUCUCCAAAGACAUCUUCAUCGGGUUGGAUAAAACAUCUUUCCAAGCUUUUGGAUGUUUCAUGGUUCACUGUCCUGUCUUCUAGCUUACUUGGCUCUAUCUUUCUAGCACCUGUUUCAGAAUAUGCUCUUUGUGCUCUAUUGUACAGAAACUCUACAUCUCUAAAUGUAAAAUAAACAUCCCAGCUGUAUUC